GCCGUCUUCGACAUAAACCUUUGCCGUACCAAUCCCCAACCUUCCUACAGCCUCGCGAAAUCCCUGAACCCCGGCCAAUUCACCCAGACCAUCAUACACGCCUUCAUAUCACUAAUGGCAAAGAAGGACUUGCUUCAAAGUGCUUCAACAGAACAUAGACAUGCUGGAACGCGCCACAGGGGUUCCGCCGGAGAAGCUUGUCGAAGCCCACGGCUCAUUCCCGGGACAGUCGUGCAUCCGCUGUCACACUGCGUAUCCGGCCGAUAGGAUGAAGAGGCACCUUCUCCCUGGAAGUGUUCCCCAGUGUGAAACUUGUGCCAUGUUGAUGAAACCGAAUAUUGUAUUCUUUGAGGAGAGCCGAGGGAGUUUCAUAUAGGACUUAGAAUGGUCGAGGAGGUGGACUUAGUGAUCAUAAUGGGGAGCUCAUGGAGCGUUUACCCAUUUGCUGUGCUUCCCAGACGGGCGAGGGAAGGGGUGAUCCGAGUUUUACUUAACAAAGAGAGGGCGGGAGGGAGUGGUGGCCGGGCGGACGACGUACUUUUGCUGGGCGGGUGCGAUCUGGGGGUAUGAAGGCCGGAGGAGGAGCUGGGGUGGACAGAUGAGC